AUGCCGACACAAGGAAAAAGCAGUAAAAUGCUGCAACAUAUUAAUUAUCGUAUGAGAUGUACAAUACAAGAUGGACGUCAAUUGGUUGGAACAUUUAAAGCUUUCGAUAAACAUAUGAAUCUAAUCUUAGCCGAUUGUGAAGAAUUUCGUAAAGUAAGAGGUAAAACUGAUAAAACAGAGCGUGAAGAACAACGACCAUUAGGAUUGAUUUUAUUACGUGGCGAACAUCUUGUAUCAAUGACAGUCGAAGGACCACCACCAAAAGAGGAAGUUGGUAUUGCUCGUAUACCGACAAGUGCAGCAGCACAAGGUGCUGGUCGUGCCGCUGGUCGUGGUGUCAUGCCACCUGUACUUGGUGCAUCAACAUUUGCACCUCCUGGUCUUCAAGGACCAGUACGUGGUAUUGGUGGACCUGCUUUCAAUCAAAUGGCACCUAAUGGACGUGGUCUACCACCUGGAAUCAGAAUGCCACCUAUUCCACCACCCAUGGGAAUGCGUCCACCGGGCAUGUAA